CCGGGACUGUGGCGGUGCAAUGGCGGCGCCCUUGCUGCGCUGCAGCGGCCCAGGAAGACGUUGGGCUCUAACGUGGAUUGAUGGAGGUUCUUGCCACGGGAGAGGAUCUCCGACUGGGCCCACGUCCAGCUGGAGGAAGAGACAGAGUUCAGUGGCUCAGCAGCUUCUCCACAGUGCUCACAAGCCGAGAAAAGGUGAACACAAAUGGGCAGCUGUGGUAGGACUAGAAAUUCAUGCCCAAAUUUCUUCCAACUCCAAACUCUUCUCAGGAUCUCAAGUGUGCUUUGCAGCUCCUCCAAAUUCUUUGGUUUCUUUUUUUGAUGCUUCUCUGCCUGGAACUUUACCGGUUCUCAACAGGAGGUGCGUGGAAGCCGCAGUGAUGACGGGCCUGGCACUGAACUGCCGCAUCAACAAGAAGUCCUUGUUUGACAGGAAGCACUACUUCUAUGCCGACCUCCCUGCUGGCUACCAGAUUACCCAGCAGAGGCUCCCGAUCGCUGCCGAUGGAAACUUGACAUAUGGCGUCUAUGUUGGGAAGAGGCAGAGUCAGCUGGCCUCCAGGAUGGUGAGGAUCAAACAGAUCCAGCUGGAACAAGACAGUGGCAAAAGCCUCCAUGAUGACCUGAGAUCCCAGACGCUCAUUGACUUGAACAGGGCUGGAGUUGGCCUUCUGGAGGUGGUCCUGGAGCCUGACCUGAGCUGUGGAGAAGAGGCCGCCAUGGCUGUCAGGGAGCUACAGCUGAUCCUCCAAGCCCUGGGGACCAGCCAGGCAAUCAUGGCAGAGGGCCAGCUAAGAGUGGAUGCCAAUAUAUCCGUGCAUCACCCUGGGGAACCUCUGGGCAUUCGGACUGAAGUGAAGAAUCUUAACAGCAUCAGGUUCUUGGCCAGAGCCAUAGACUAUGAAAUUCAGAGGCAAAUUAGUGAACUUGAGAAUGGAGGUGAAAUUCUGAAUGAAACUCGCUCAUUUGAUUGCAAGUUGGGGUGCACUGUGCCAAUGAGAGAUAAAGAAGGAAAACAGGACUACAGAUUUAUGCCAGAGCCCAACCUGCCUCCUCUGGUCCUGUACGACACCACGUCUCUGCCUCCCGAAGGCGCAGACCCUCGGCAAGUGAUCGACAUCGACCAGAUCCGGGCCAUGCUCCCUGAGCUCCCCAGCGUGACCCGACAGCGGCUCGUCCAGCAGUACAGGAUGCGGCCAGAGCACAGCUUCACGCUGCUGAAUGAAGUUGGCCUACUGGAGUUCUUCCAGAAUGUGAUGAAAGAAACUAGGGCAGAGCCAAAAAUGGUGACUGGCUGGAUCCUCAACACCCUACUGGGCUAUUUAAAGCGCCAGAACCUCGCUGUCUGGGAGAGUCCUGUCACACCCUCAGCGCUGGCUGAGCUCCUCAACCUACUAGACAGUAAAGCAAUUUCUUCAUCAGCAGCUAAACAGGUGUUUGAGGAGCUGUGGAAGGGCGAGGGGAAGGGCGCAGCGCAGAUUGUGGCCGAACAGCAGCUGGAACUGAUGCAGGAUCAAGAGGCCCUGGAGCAACUGUGCCACGCCACCAUGGAGGGACAUCCGCAAGUGGUAAUGGACAUGAAGAAGGGAAACCCCAGAGCUAUAAACAAGCUGAUUGGCUUGGUCCGGAAAGCAACCUUAAAUCGGGCUGAUCCAACUGUGAUAAAGAAAAUAGUGGAGAAGCUGUCACCGUGAGCUGUGGCGACUCAUCGGAGACCUGCGACAGACGGCCAUGUGCUGCUACGGCAGAGUCACCGCCUCUGGCCAAGCCACCCUUCUGUGGGUAACAGCCCAGGAGUCUCCAUCCUCACAGACCCCGUCUGUGCCUUGGGAGAAGUCUGCACAGGAGACCCGCAGCCGCACCGCCUGCGGCUUGGACAGUAAAAUGCUUCUAUGAUGCUUGUCAUUGUUUUGGGAAACAUUGUGCUCCGCUGUGGAGUAACUUGAAAUGUGUAAUGAGCGGUCCGAGAAAAAUUAUCAUGCAAUUCCUUCUAAAAAUACUUGUGAGUUUCCUAAAGGCCAGGCAUGGUUCCAUAGCUGGGCAUGAACGGUGAUCGGGAGGCAGUAAUUUAGAUGUAGCAUAUUUAGAUGUAAAAUAGGUUAAUGAAGAUGAAAACACAGCAGCUAAAUUGGUGCAGUACAAACACAUUGUUCUGGGCGGUCUGGAGAGGAGGGGGAGGGAGGGGGGAGGUAUUACUGUUCGAAGGAGUCACCCAUGACAAGAGUAUCAGUGAUACUAUCCAACCAACUCCCUAAGGCUCCUGAGAAAUGAAUUCAAAAGGCAUUUCACAUUUUCAGAUAAAUUUAAUGAAUAAAAUAUAUACUAUAAAGAAAUGGAUUCAAAAGACAAUACAAGUUUUCAGGUAAAUUUAAUGAAUAAAAUAUAUAUUGAAAUAUCAGAUAAAAAUGCACUUAGACUUCAAAGAUUGUAUAGUUAACAAUCCCCUCCCCAACCCUUAGGCCAAAAAAAAAGAUAAAAUAAAUGUAACUUGAAAAUGAUCUGUUUUGCCUGCAAAGAAUAAGAUUAUAACCUAGUAAGUCCAAAUCUUCACCUCAGAAAUCGAGGUGCAGCCCACAGUGUUGUGAGGAAGGCUAGAUUCCCAAGACGCACUUCCCUGCCGACUUGCGUGGUGCGUGGACACUGUUCCGAGGACCAGCUUUACGGAAGCUGGGUUGGUUUUUGUUUCGUUAAGUAUUUGUCAAACUGUGACAUGAACAAAGGAACAGCAUCCUUGGAAGGCUCAGAUUUUAUACCAAGCUCUUUGGCUGCUAACAGCAGAGAACGUUUGUUGGGAUCCUUGUGCCACUGAGGGGAGGCACGUGGGCGCACACUUCCACAAGUUGGCAGGACUGCCCUCAGGCGGAGACGAGGAGGCAAGUGCCCGUCCUGUCCGCCCCACGAAGGGGAUAGAGAGAGAGGAAGCCACUGCGUGGCUUAUUCCAGCAGGAGAUGAUGAUACUUGAGUAAUUUUUAAAAAAGAGUUUAGAACUGAGAGACUGUCACCUCACCCGGGAGCCCCAUGUGUCCCACAUUUUGUUCAGUACUGAAAAUUACCACCCAGACAAGUGGAAAAAGGCGAGUCCCUCUCACUCCGAGAGUCUCUGGUUAACAAGCGCACAAAGCUGCUUUGACAUUCCAAUCUGGCAGGACCUUUCCUUUGUAAGAAAUCUUACUGUUCAGUUUUAUAAACUCCCUUUUCACCCAAAGUUCUAGCUUCUUGGUCAUCAGGCCUUCCAGAAAACACUGAAGGAUCUACCCAAAUGGUUUCAAAUCAAGGGCCUAGCUAAAUUGGAUGCAGCCAGAGAUAGGCAACUAAAACUAUUUUGUCAACAAUGUAUGGACUGAGGAUUCUGAGGAAAAUGCCACCAUUAAAACCCUGGAUCUUG